ACAAAGGUGUGGUUUGAGUGGAGAGAUGUGCUUUGUCUACCAAAAUCUGAAGGGAGGGAUUCUAAAUGGGGUCCAUUUCAUGUUAUGCACUUUUGCAUAUUUAAUAAGAACCCCACUUCUCCCCCUCAUAGUCCACCACUCUACUCCCUUCACUCUUAAUCUCAUUUUCUUUUGCUACUUUUCUUCUUCUGAACAUCACACAUAAGCUCCAAGCAAGUAUUAAAGUUAGUCCUAGCAUAUAUAAGUAGAAGACGAGUGAGAGGCAUGAAGGAGAGUGGGAGGAAGCAAGGGGCAGCCUCACCAUGUGCAGCAUGCAAGCUUCUAAGGAGAAGGUGUGCCCAAGACUGUGUUUUUGCUCCUUAUUUCCCUGCUGAUGAGCCCCAGAAGUUUGCUAAUGUGCACAAGGUGUUCGGUGCUAGCAAUGUCAACAAGAUGCUUCAGGAGUUACCCGUCCACCAACGAGGCGACGCAGUUAGUAGCAUUGUCUAUGAGGCCAACGCUAGGGUGCGUGACCCGGUUUACGGCUGUGUCGGAGCCAUAUCAUCACUACAACAGCAGAUAGACACCCUUCAAACCCAGUUGGCCCUGACACAAGCAGAGGUGGUGCACCUCCGGGUGAGACAGACUGCAUCCUUUCCACAUGGGUUUUGCCCGACAAGCCCAAGUAAUAGUGGGUCACCCACAUUCAAGCUCAUGGGUUCACAAACCAUGCCCAUUUUUGACAUGGAUAUGGUAGUGGAUUAGGCUAGCCUUGGAGAGCCCAUGUGGUCAUUCUAGCUUCAUUUAUCAUAUUAUAUGCAUGUUUAGGCUACAUUUUUGUCACCCUAUAAUGAAUCCCCCUCUUAAUAUAGUCCCUAAAUCCUUUAUAUACAACAAUUUAUAAAGUAGAGAUAAUGAGAAGCGAUGACUAUAGCGGUGGCGCUGCGGUGGCUAGAGCGGUGGUCAAGGUCAUUUAGCUACUAUAGCGGUGGCGUUGCGGUGGCUAGAGCGGUGGUCAAGGUCAUUUAGCUAAGUUUGGUUUGAAGAGGGUCUCUUGUCAUUAACCAUAUAAUGUACAUAUAAAAUUUAAACUUAUAGAGUAAUUUAUAUAAUGGACUGAAGCCAGCGUAUGAAUUUCUCCGUUUCUGUACUAUUGAUUUUGAUAGAACACCACUUAUAUGUUCCGCAUUGGCUUGAUACUAUUAUAAUGUUGGUUUAUCUGAAUUUGGGUGUAAGCACCAUUGUUGAAAAACAAAUCCUUUAUCAA